AUGAGAAGGAUAAGAUUGAUGAGGAGGAAGAAGUUGGAAGACGAUGAGGAUGGCAAAGCAUUAAAUGAGAGGAGCUUCGGUAGCUUAAAGACAAGCGGGAGAUUGGGAAUGGCAAGAGAAGAUGAAGAUAAU